CGGUAUAUCAAACCGCCCCAAUAUCAAUCACGUUUUGCACAUGCUGUCCUAUGUUGGAUAAGGUACGGGUUUUCGAAUCAUUUGUCACCGACUCCUCAUCUCUUGACCUAUUAGCUGCCCUACUUCAAGGCGGGAAAAAGAAGAGAGUAGAGGAUAGAUAUAUCUAUCAUGAGGUCGCAUUUCAUCAGCUUGGUGGCAUCCCUUUUGGGGAACACUGUGCUUGCUACGAGACUUUAUGCGGCAUCAUACGCAGGCUCUGUCACAUCACUCGCCCUGACCAAGACCAGGGGAGCCUAUGAGCUAUCCACCCUCUCCAAGACCGCUGCCUGUGGCAGCAGCCCUUCUUGGUUAAUGUUAGACAGUGAGAACAGCAUCCUAUACUGUCUAGACGAAGGAAUUACGGCUCUAAAUGGUAGCGUCACCACCUUCAAAACAAAUCAAAAUGGAACACUAAGUAUGAUUCAACAUCUGAAAACUCUGACUGGACCGGUAAUGUCUGCAAUGUAUUCCGCGCCUCAGGUUUCAAAGGGCCAGUUUCUUGCAGUAGCACACUAUAGCGCGUCAUCCGUCACCACGUACGCCGUGGAUCCUGCUCAAGGACUUUUUAACCAUUCCCAAACCUUUGUCUAUGAGAUGACUGGUCCCGGUCCUGUCCCUUCUCGACAGGAUGCUCCUCAUCCCCACGGAGUAAUUGUCGACCCAACAGGACGCUUUGUCCUUGUUCCUGACCUUGGAGCUGACCUCGUCCGCAUCUUCGAGGUCAGCCCACUGACGGGCUACCUUGAUCAGGUAGAGCCCCUGGCCGUAACCCUAGGGUCCGGACCUAGACACGGCGUAUUUUGGACUCCCAAAGGUGCGAAAAACACAUCUACUGACGUCUACUUUUAUCUCGUGCAAGAAUUGAGUAAUAGCCUGAGUGGCUUUAGAGUCAUUUAUUCAGAAGACGGAAUUUCCUUCGCCAAAGUCUACGAAGGAAGCACAUAUGGCAACAGGGCUCCCCCCACUGGGUCUAAGGCAGCCGAGAUUGCAAUAUCGCCUGAAAACAAUCAUGUAAUAGUCUCCAAUCGCUUGGACAGCACUUUUGGCCGGAACAGCGAUUCAUUCGCUGUAUUUGCUUGCGCCGAUGCCAGUGGAAAAUUUUUUGAAGACGUCUCUUUCCUCGGCCUCCAUCGGGCCCACGGCUCUUCCCCACGGCAGUUCAGCAUCAACGGUGAUCUGGAUAUGGUUGCGGUGGCAUUGGAAAGCAGCCAGAGGGUCGCUGUGACUCGGUGGAACAAGCGUACGGGAAGUCCCGGAAUCCUCCUCGUGGAGAAGCAGAUGGAUGGGGAUAUUCCCGCCGUAGUCUGGGAUCUUUAAGUGAGCUAUGUGACAGAUCAAAAAACAAUAGAAUUAGUCUCUAUCGGUGAGAAUACUAAGCAUAGGGAGGAUAGGGGAAAGAAAUAAAUGAAGCUAUCUCCAACUGUUUGACAUCAGCUCUGUGCGCCACCUUAUUUCCCAAUCCGGAAGCGGUGUCCAGUCCAUUUUUGAUUGCCUCAGCACUUGUUUUGACAAAAUCGAUCGUUAGUCUAUUAACUCCCAGGCUUUCCGGUUUCUUCAAGAAACGGAUACUGCAUCAUCUAUCGACGAAUUAAAGGAGAAUAUUUUCGAUUCCAAGAAACAUUAAAAGGAGAUUCUAGUUGGAUUGGCUCAUUUACUCUGAUUUCUACGCAUAUAUUUUGCCCAUAAGCCUUAGCCUUGAAUUAUUA